AUGGAUGGUACUUCUUUUGAGCCUGAUCCCCUACUUUCUGAACACAAUGAUUUGCUUUAUCCAUCCCGGACCUUGGAUGGCACAGUUGUCUCAACUCUUGAAGAGUACUCUGCAGCACUUGACACUAUACGACGGAAAGAGCGUUUGAGGGAAGCAUGCAGCAACCUCCAUCUUUCAGUCCCUAAAAGUGCUAAUUUAGAGCGCCUUCGUUCAGCUCUCAAAUUAUACUGGUUUCCGCUGGAUAGCAGUGCCGAUACUGCACCUACUACUAUCAAUACUGUGAAUGAAGCCACCGAAAAUCAAGCUGACAUUAAAGAUCAACAUCUUUCCGCACAAUCCCACAAUAUCAUUGACGAUGGAGCUCUUAUUUCACACUUUUCGGUUGAAGGUGCAGCAGCUGAUGAAAUACUAGGAUACGACGAGGACAAUGAGUUACUUGAUGAGGAUGAUGAAUUUGGAGAAGAUCUCGACAACAAUGAAGACGACAUCAUGGAUACUAGCGAUGACUUUGAACAAUUUGUUACUCAGACACGGGUUGACGAGGCUAAAAGAUCGGAGAAAAAUCGACGAGCAGGUGGCGUAAAAACACAGUCGGCAGUUGUAAGAGACUGGAAGAUGUUUUGUCGCCAAGCAUUGGACAAGGGUGAAAUUCAAGAUGACAUAGUUGACUGUCAUCAUCUGCUCCUGUAUAUUCGACAUUCAGCAGAGCGUCCAAAGCGUACUCGCAAGGGUCUUGAUAUUCCAGGUACUUAUCUUGGUGCUUCCCAGUUGAAGAAACUCUACUUUGGUGCAUUACGGAUUCGAAAAAUGCAAGAGGCCCUCGAUCCAACACUUGAAAAAACUCGGCCCGCUAAGUCUAUUCACGUUUGGGACUGUAUAAAAGGAAGGAUGAAUGAAGCCUUAAAUCGUAGUCGAAAUGGCUUAAUUCCAGGAGAGGAUGCUCCUGAUAUUGUUGCCAACACGUUUCUGGCAAGUGUAACCGAAGAGCAAAUGGCCAAAAUAGGUGGAGGGUUUUUGAUGCAUCGGGAAUACAAUUCACUUUGGGUUGAGCUUGAUGAGAUCUUCCAAGUGCGAUCUGUCAUUAAUGGACAUCUUGCAUGGGCAGCCCAAAAUGCUUCUGGGAAUCGAGGAGACGACUUUCGUGCACUCAAACUUGCGGAACUACAACCAUAUGUUUUUCUUCACCCCAAUAAAGAAACUGCAGUUGAAUGUGUCCUGGGACUUCAAGGCGAAGAGAAAGCUGCUGCUAACCGUGGAUUGCAUACAAAAGUUAAUCCGGUUUACACAGUAUUUAUUGCACAUAAAGAUCCAACAAUAUGCCCGCUCGGUGCCUUUGCGUUUUAUCAUCAUUUCAUCCAUGAUGUAAAGAAGCUUACCGAAGAACUUGAUGUUGAUUGGUCAAUCAACAAAAGUUGGAGACAAGUCCGUGUUUUGCAUGGCAAGACUUCUCCAACAACCCCUUACCACGAACAGAGUUUGUAUAACCUUUACGUCAAGGCCUUCUCACAGGCCAAUUUUAUUUCAAAAAUCAAGGCUCACCUUCCUCGCCAUAUUCUUGGUUAUAGCCAAGAGAAGAUGGGCGUCGAUGGGGUACACACAUCAAGAUUGGGAUGGGUUCGUGGUGAAACAUACUUUGAUACAUACGCUCCAGCAAUUCCAAAAGAGGCCGUUCUCGGUGCUCAUGGAUACAAAACACAUGAAGUAUAUGACCCUCUGUGGCGACGUGUCCAUGUUCCAGAGGCAUUUUUAAACUUGGUAUGCCCUAUCGCCGAGGAUAUUCAUGCCAAAAUUGUGGGAAGAGCCAAUUUGUCGGGUGCAGCCAAUUAUUGGGCAAUGUGUGGUGCUGCAAUUUACCAGAAGUAUCCUGAAUCCGCAUUAUUUCGGCUUCCAGCUUUAGCAAAUCCCCAGGUCCAACACUGGAUGAAAACCGAGUAUCCAACAAGCCUUGCUCACUUACAAGCUAACGCAGGAAGUACAGUGGAUUUGGAACGUAUACAAAACAACCUUCUUCGCCUAUCUCUUGAAGAAAUGAGGGCGCUUUUAGCAACCCAGGCAGCAGAAUUGAAGGAAAUGCGUCUUUUAAUUCAGCGCCGUACUGAUGUUCUUUCUCCAACCAAGGGAUUCUCAAAUUUGUCAUAUCAACAUAGUUUAAACGUCUCCAAAGUCCCGCAACCUGUAUUUACGCUAGCUGUGCCAGAGAGUCCACUGGCUAACAAAUCUGCCGGUCAUAGUGCUACUAAAAAUAGCGAUGAUACGGGAAUUUAUGUUUUGAAUGCUCCAAAUGAUAGCAAACAACCGGGAAGCCCACUUCGCGCCUUUGCAAAUGGAUCACCAAAGGUUUCUUCUGAAUCCCGUUCGCGGACACAAGUUGAUCUUGUAUUGCCCCAUGUUGACGCUUUCUCAAACCCUGGUGGACCACAACUGUUUUGGCCGCCUGUUCUUGGUCAGAAAUCAGUGACGUGGGAGCAAGUCUUUAGACUUAUCAAGCGACCCGAACUGUUAUGGGAUGCAUGGUGUCCAUCAAAGACCCUUAACAAAUAUACACUCAAUGAACAGUGGACAUGUUACAAUUCUGGCGAGCCGGUUUUUAAUGCUUCGGGUACUCAGACAGGUAUCAAGCCUCCACUUCAGCAAGUUGAGCUGCACUUUCAGUCAGCAUGGCGAACUAAACCAGCAGCACGUAAGGCGUGGCAGCGCUUUCGCAAAAUUCCGGAGUUUAUUCAUUCCGAGUCUACUUUACGUGGUGUAUCCCCACAAAUUGUAAUCGAAGAGCUUGAAAAAUCUGCUACAGGGGGCAAUGGCAGAGUGAAGGGACUCUCAGCAAUCACUGAUGAAAUCUAUGCACAACGCAUAGCAAAGGCGCAAGCAUCAAAAGAUACAAUCAAAGAAGCGGAAAGCAGGAUCUCAAUUCUCUCUACUGCUCUUGACCAUCGAGAGAGUUCCGGAAAAAUUGCGAUGAAGCUUGGGGUUGAUAUAAGAAUCAAAAGCACACUUAUGAGCGAGUGUGUUGCAGCACUACAGGGACCAACAAUCAGUGGCCAAUUCUAUGGCGGUGCACUGCACAUUCUAUUCAUGAAAAUGUGUGAAUUCAUCAAAUAUCCCUUGACUCUAGUAUUUGUUUAUGAUGGCCCUGGUCGACCUCUCAUAAAACGCGGGACUAAUGCGCCCGGAGAGGCUGAAGCGGAAUUAGCUAUGCUAAACCGUAGAGGAUUGAUUGAUGGAAUCAUCACUAACGAUAGUGAUGUUUUUGUCUUUGGCGCACAAACAGUAUACCGCACCAUUCCAACCAAGGAAAGACAUUUUGAAGAUGAAAUGAUUGCCUACACGUACUCGCAUCUUUUGGAUUUAGGAUUAACAUCCGGUGGACUUGUUUUAUUUGCCCUAGUCUGUGGUGGCGAUUACGAUUGCGCGGGUCUCAAAGGAUUUGGGCCGUCCCAUGCACAUGCUCUUGCAUCGUGCGGAUUUGGGGAUCAGCUUGUCAAAGCAUUCCAGACGUUAAGCGGUGUUGCUCUUCAGGAUUUUCUCAACCACUGGCGCACAGAAAUCAAGCAUGAAUUAUUGACAAAUUCCCAUGGCCAUCUACAUAGCCGUUCACCUGUCCUGUCCGAACGUCUCACAGAAUCUUUCCCCGACCUUGACAUUCUUGAUCUUUACUUGAAUCCACUAACUUCUGCCCCAGGUCAAAAAUUUCAACCGUGGAUUUUACAAGAGCCAUCAGUUCCCGGCCUAAUUGAUGUUUCGUCGACACACUUGGGAUGGCGAUCCGAGGAUGUACUCAGGAAAAGGUUCAAAGCCAAGGUUUGGGAGGGUAUUUUUCUUCAAAUGCUUUAUUCUCCCCUCAUAUUAUACGACUCUUCCCGGAAACUUUUCGCUACGCCAAAUACCCAAGCUUUGGUUCUGACCUGUAAAUUGCUCAAGCGCAAAGGCUGUGUACAACCCAACGCUUCAGAGUUACAUGCCCGAUUGCUUGUGUCGGCUCAGAACUUCGUCACAUUGAUGGGUUUCCACUCAAACCAAUCCAAUGAGGUUGACCAAUUUCGAGUCUGGGUUCCUCGGAGUAUUUUGCCCCAGGAGUUACAUACUACAGUCGAAGGUUCUCAAUCCGUAACAAGAAUGAAGAUAAAUCCCAGUCGAAGGCGCAGACCCAGCAGCAGCAGCUCCACGAUGGAAGAACAAAACAAUUCCAUUCGGCAUUUUGAGGUCAUUGAUUUGACUGACGAGACCGAGGUCUCGAACAUUCAAUCUACAUCCAAUGUUAUUGAUCUGACUCAGGAUUAA